GGAGCGGAUGACACGCACACACAGCCUCUGUUUCUCACAUAGAGAGGAGAGAAGGACAGUGAGGGAGACAAGAGUGGAGAGAAGAGGAGAAGCAGAGGGGAGAACAGCGGAGAAAUGCCUGCUGGGCGGAUGGAUCUGAUUCUCCCAGAGCUGCACGAGCCUCUAUAAGACAACAUGGGCUGCAUAGGAUCCAGGACGAUCACAGCAGAUGCGGUGCCAGUACGGAAAGAUGGAGAUCAGCAUGGCCGUACCGAGUUUUCCUGGGAAGGAAUCAAUUUGUCUAUGGAGGAUACUACUUCUAUUCUACCACGACUCAAGAGGAAUUCCGCCAACAGUUAUGGGAUUGGUGCCCUGGCUAAGUCCUCUCUGACAGGUGUGUCAGGUGUGACCCGGUCCAUGAAGGACAAGGUGACCAAGCCCACUGCCAUGGCCCAGGGUCGGGUCGCCCACAUGAUCGAGUGGCAGAGUUGGGGAAAACCAUCGGCGGGGCCGUUAGGGGGCGCGGGUCAUACCAAUUUGCAGCGACAAAAAGAGAGGAGGAUGGAAAACGACGCUUACAGCGACCUCAGUGAUGGCGAGAAGGAGGCUCGCUUCGCAGCAGGUAUCAUGCAGCAGUUUGCGAUCUCUGAGGCGACUCUGUUUGGCUGGAACUCGAUGGAUGGGGAGAGUAUGGGUGCCGGCUCCAACCAGGGCAGCGUCGCUCACCUGAGUCAGGUCAACCAGGAGAGUAUUACCAGCAGAGACCAGGUGUUCCAUCACUCCUCUGCAGAGGUCUGGCCUCACACCUACAUCUCACAGGGACUGUACUGCCUGUCUUCCUCUGAUGCCUGGGACCCAAUCACCAGUCAGCCUUCAGGCCUGGUCUCCCCUGCAGCAGGCUCCUACAUUAUGGCUGCCGGUGGUGGCAGUGGAGCAGGGGGAACCCCUGGAGAUGGGUAUGAGGGCACGGUAGGCAGUUACCUUCAGCAGAACCAGAGUCAGCUUACACUGCAGCAACAAAGUCAACUCCAGCAGCUACAACAGAUUCAUCAUUACCAGCAGCAACAGUUUCUGCAAUACCAACAACAGUCGUCAGAGCACAGGCUACACAGUGCCUCCCCUUCCCUCCAAGUCACUCCCAACAGCACCAUCCAUAGUCUGGGUCCUCCUACUCACCCCCGGAUAGCAGACCUGUGGGGGGCGGCGCAGGUAGAGGCCCAUCAGGUGGAGAUUGUUGGGCAGCUGAGUGCACAGAUGCUUGACAUGGUUGGAGGUGUGGUAGAGACGGUUGGAGAGGAGCCAGAACCUGAAACUGAAGGCAUUCUUGAGCAAUACGAUGAGGAAGAAGAACUGACGAGGGUAGAAGAAGUAACAAUCACCUUAGAGCCAGAGCCAUGCUCUCUAACACCAUCACCAAUGAGGGAGGAGGCUCCGCCCACAAGAGGUUCAAGCCCAGGCAUACCAGCGCAGACCACAGAACCUCUUUCAGAGAGAAUACCUUUCGAUGUCACCCCUUGCGUCGUCCAAUCCCUUGAAGAAAGAGACGAGGAAGCGGAGGAGGGCUCCAUUCUUGUUGUUGCAACAAACUGA